AGGAAAUCUGCACGAUGUACACAGAUAAGCCUUCAUACUGCAUUCUACAAAACUAGUAUGAGCAGAAAGGUUGUAUGCCUUUUCAGAGAAUUCCAUGCCAUUGUCGCAACCAAUGAAAGGCUAUUGGUCGUCACGUGAUGUAGAUUGCGGAAGCCAACCAAUGUUUUGUACUUCGUACACAAUAUUCCACGUGUUUUGCUACUGUCCUUUUAAAUUGGAUUGUAUCCCUUCUAUUUGAAAAUGUCCAUGUCAGCGGUCGUCCACGUUCUCGUGCCCUUCCUGCUUUGCAUUGCGCUUGCAAACACUCACAUUUUCGACGAAGUUUUGGUGGAUGUCACUUAUGAUCACUAUGCGGAAAAGAAAGUCGACAACCUUCCUGCUUUCUUGGCCAUGCCAUUUAACUGUCUGAUAAACUUGGGAUACAUAUUAUUAGGUAUCUACUGGAUCUUGCAACCGAUGUCAGACAGUAAAUACACCCAUGCAGCCGCCUACACCAAAGACGUGUUUGCGCUAAUGGCAGUCACGUAUGGCCCGGUGCAGUGGGUCCGCUUGGCCACCUUGCGGCGUGCGCCCUCUGUUUUGGACCAGUGGUUCACGUUACCUAUUUUUGCGUGGGUGCUGGUGUGGUGUCAUGUCAUCGACAAAGGCUGGUCGUCCCGUUACGCCUUAAUGGUCGAAUCGUGCUCUAUCCUCAGCUAUGGACUGGCGCUCUUUCAUGACCGAGGGUUUGAAGUAGCUCUGUGUUGUCAUAUCGCCUUCGUCGUGUUUAAAGGCGUCCGAGCGCAGAUGAGCCACGGAGAUGCGGCGUCCAUGAGCUACCUUUGCUUGGCCCUGCUGUCCUGCACUGGUUUCGUGGUUCUGAAGCUUUUGGAUCAUUCUCUAGCAGAGUACUGGAUGUUUCAAAGUCUCACUGGACAUUUCUGGUCGAAAGUUUGCGACAUUCUGCAGUUUCAUUACAGUUUUUGUUUUCUCACUCGCCUUAGUGAAAAUGCACGCAAACGCUCUGCAUAAACGCUCAUGCAUGACAUUUAAUAUGUACGUACUGUGAAAACAAUACAUGUGAAUAAUAAGACAAUGAACAUUACAUGUUUAAACUCUUAUUUUUAACAGUAACACUUUACUGGCAUGUAAAGAUUAUGCGGAGGUCUUGUGAUAAUGUGAUGAAAGAGUUUGUAAAAUCAUAAACUGACUGAUGCUCUUAUAUUUUCAUAUAGUUAUAGUAAUUUUCAGAACAGUGGCAAAACAACUUUGUAAUGAAUUGAUUUUUCAGGAAACAUAUUGCCUUUGAGGGGGCAAACAAGCUAUUAUGUCAAAUAUUUUAAUUUCAUAAUUUAAAAUACAGUAUACAGGGUUUGUCCUUGUGUCACGAUAUGGUCAGUUAACUAGAUGUGGGGCCAUAUUGGCAAUAGUCAGAUGUAAACAACCGCAUGGAUUGUAUGGUUAAUGUACUACUGAAUAUGUUGUUCUGAUUAUUUAUGCUGUCUAAACCACAGAACAAAAACAUGGAAUCUUCUAAAUCAUAUAGGAAAGUGCACAAUAUUUUGACAGACUUAAGUUAAUAGGUGGUAAAGAUACAUACAAGCAGUAUUAAUUAAGAUAUUAGCCUAAUAUUUCACCUACCUGACCGGAAAUGAUAAGAACAAACAUGAAUGUCAAGAUUCUUGCCCUGGAAAUCCUGGUUCAGUUUGGCCCACCACAAAUGCCUUUUGUUCCUCAGACAGUUUUUUUUUUUUUUUUUUUGCACGUCUCUCUUUGAUUUGUUAUGACUUUUGACAGUCUGUAGUACUCCAAAUGUUUUUCCAGGUCUGAGCGAUUAGUACAACCCAAAACAUGACAAUAACUUACCAUUCCAGCAGCAAUAAUCAUCAAAAUAUGUGAGUUUUAUUUGGUUCAGUGGCAUUGUUUAGGUUCAGUGCCACCGAUAUGUUGUCUGAUGAUGCGUUGUGAAAACAGUCUAUUAUAUUAUCAAAUCAAUAUAUUUUGUGUGUAUGUGUGUGCAAGUCCUUGACAUAGCAUAUAAAAGUUCAUAAUGUCAUGUCCUAAACCUCAUUUUCAAGUAUUCAAGUUGAAGAUUAAUAACAAAUGAAUGUAAAUGCACAAUAUAAAUUGUACUAUAUAUGUCUUAAUUUGAUGCAUUAAAACAAAGC